CAAAUACCUCGAUUCAGUACGUUCCCAAGCUUAUACUUCGUCGGUAAUAUUAAAUCAAAAUGCCGAGGCUGCCACUAUUUUUUUUCUGUAUUGUCCUUGCCGUUCAAGGAUCGCUUGUAGACUCUUGUAGUCACUCCUUUUGCCUGAGCGCACUACAUCCGCUCUUUCACGAAACUAAUAAUAUCCGAAGCAGGUUGGAUGGCAUCGAAGCAGGGCAGAAGGUCCUGGAUUUGUAUCUCAAGACAGGGCUUCGGGAGGUACAUACAAAGCUAGAUUCCUGUAAGAUCCAGGAGCAAAAUGAUUACGGAGCGAGAUUAGCCGGAAUCGAAAGCCACCUUAGGGCGCUCAAUACAGCAGUCAACGCCAAAGAUAAACUCCAGUGCCAAAAUACUAUGAAAGAGACUAUUGCAAGCUUGCAGACUCAAAUCAAAACCCAGGAAGAUCUUAUCAAUGCGCAAAAAAAACAAAUCAAUGCAGGCUUCAAAAAUAGAGAUGACCAAAUCGCGGAACUGAAGAAUCAGAUUAAAUCGAUUGAAGCAGCAAAACUUAACCAGUCCAAUGAGCUCUCGAAAUGCCGACUAAAACUCGAUGAGAUGGAACCAUUUCAAGUGUCAUGUUCGUCGUCUCCACCUGGCUGGACCGUAAUUCAGAGACGGAUCGACGGAUCCGAGAACUUCGAUCGAAACUGGGCUGAUUAUAAAAAAGGAUUUGGAAACGUUAAGGGAGAAUUUUUCAUUGGCCUGGAAAAGUUGCAUCAAUUGACUGAGGCACGGCCCCACGAACUCUACAUUAAGCUUGGGAAGGUUAAUGGGUCCACCAGCUAUGCUCACUAUGACGACUUUCGAAUUGGCAGUGAGGACGAAUUGUAUGAGCUGAAGAGUCUUGGGAAAUAUUCGGGUGAAGCCGGAGACUCCCUUUUUCGCAAUAAGAACAAAAAGUUCACUACAUUUGAUCGGGAUAGUGACGAAUAUAACGAUGGAAACUGCGCUGAAGACGAAAACGGCGGUUGGUGGUAUGGCGGUUGUGGUUUUAGUUUCCUCAGUGGAAAAUACUAUAAAGAUGGACAAAUAUCAAAUGAACACAGAAUGAACGGAAUAUACUGGGGCUCAUGGCAGAACAACUACUGGACAAUAUCACUCACCUACGUUGAAAUGAUGAUUAGACCUAAGUCCUCAUGAACCGCAGUUGUAAAUGACCAAAAAUCAUAGUUUCAAUCCAAAGGAUAUGAAUGAAAAAAGUAUAAUAUUUUUUUGCCGUAGAUAAAACGGAGUUGUCGGAGUGUUUAAGCCCGUACCAUCAAAUUAUGUGUGGAGCUGCUUCUGAGCAACUUUAAAUCCUAUCAGCGAAACUCACUUAAGGUAUUUGUUUCAUUGCAAGGAUUUCUUAUCCGUUAUUUUUUAUUAUUUUAUUUUCGAAGUUUAUGUACAUUGAAGAAUACACACAAAAAAUGUUAAA